CCCGGCGCUGAGCGCUUUUCCUGCCCGGCAGGCUCAGCCCUACAGACCCGGGAGAAGUUUCCCAGAAAAAAAUGCCCGGCGCGCCGCGGGGCCCUGGAGCCGCCCGGAGCCGCUGCGCGAGUGACCAGCAAGACUGUUGAACGUGUAGCUGUCCAAGAUGCCUGUCCCUCCCCCUCCAGCACCCCCGCCCCCGCCGACAUUUGCUCUGGCCAAUACGGAAAAGCCUACCUUGAAUAAGUCAGAACAGGCUGGGAGAAAUGCUCUUCUCUCUGACAUCAGCAAAGGGAAGAAACUGAAGAAGACAGUCACCAAUGACAGGAGUGCGCCGAUAUUGGACAAACCUAAAGGAGCCGGUGCUGGUGGCGGUGGUGGCGGUGGUGGCUUCGGUGGCGGCGGCGGCGGCAGCAGUUUUGGAGGAGGUGCCCCACCUGGCUUGGGAGGACUGUUUCAGGCUGGGAUGCCGAAGCUGAGAUCCACAGCCAACAGGGAUGGUGAUUCUGGAGGAAGCCGACCCCCGAUUUUGCCACCAGGAGGAAGAGCCACAUCUGCUAAGCCUUUCUCACCCCCAAGUGGCCCAGGGAGGUUUCCUGUGCCUUCUCCCGGCCACAGAAGUGGUCCCCCAGAGCCUCAGAGGAGUCGAAUGCCUCCCCCGAGGCCCGACGUGGGCUCAAAGCCUGAUAGCAUUCCCCCUCCAGUUCCCAAUACACCAAGACCCAUUCAAUCAAGCCUUCACAACCGGGGCUCCCUACCAGUGCCUGGGGCCCCCAGGCAGCCCAGUCCUGGGCCCACCCCUCCCCCCUUCCCUGGAAACCGAGGUGCUGCUUUUGGAGGAGGCUCCGUCCGCCAGACACCCUCCAGCUCCUCCUCGCCCUUCUCCAACAGGCCUCCCCUGCCCCCGACCCCCAGCAGGGCCUUGGAGGACAAACCCC